CGCGCUCCAUUCCCAAAGCCAAACCCACCUCCAGCACUCCGCCGCCGCCGACGAACCAAUCAAGAUGGCCGGAAGGAAGGGCGGCGAGCGGAAGAAGUCGGUGACGCGGUCGGUCAAGGCGGGGCUCCAGUUCCCGGUGGGCCGCAUCGGGCGCUUCCUCAAGAAGGGCCGCUACGCGCAGCGCGUGGGGUCCGGCGCGCCCGUCUACCUCGCCGCCGUCCUCGAGUACCUCGCCGCCGAGGUGCUCGAGCUCGCCGGCAACGCCGCCAAGGACAACAAGAAGAGCCGCAUCGUGCCGCGCCACCUGCUGCUCGCCAUCCGCAACGACCAGGAGCUCGGCAGGCUGCUCGCCGGCGUCACCAUCGCGCACGGUGGGGUCCUGCCCAACAUCCACUCCGUCCUCCUCCCCAAGAAGUCCGCCGCCGCCGCCGAGAAGAAGGAGAAGGAGCCCAAGUCGCCCAAGAAGAAGGCCGCCACCCCCAAGAAGAAGUAGGCGCCGCUGCAGCGAACGUGUCUUGUUGUUGUUGUUUUUAGCUCCGUCUAGAGUUGUUGACAUUGUGUGGUAUGGUUAGGUCCUCCUGGAUGUAAUUCUGGUUCGAAAAGGCAACUACUGGUUGUGAUUUGGUC